UGUAGGCUUCUUGUACGCUUUUGUUCCCUCUAUCUUAAAACGCUUUUGCCAAGGUCAUAACCAGGACAGUGCGCUUGAUAGACACUAUGCUCAAGUUUAAGGGUUGCCAGCACUUUCGACAACGACUAGUAUGCUCAACAUUAUCUGGUCGCCCAAUUCGAAUUGAUGACAUACGCGCCGCCGACCCGGAGAGCCCAGGGCUGCGCGACUUUGAGGCGUCGUUCCUGCGUCUGCUGGAGAAGCUCACAAACGGCUGCGUGGUCGAAAUUAACGAGACGGGCACAUCCUUGCGCUACCGCCCAGGCGUAGUUGUGUGCGGGUCGGGGCUGAGCCACGACUGCGGGAGCUCCCGCAGCAUAGGGUAUUUUCUGGAGCCGCUGCUGAUACUAGGAUUGUACGGCAAGAAGCCGCUCUCCAUCACGCUACGCGGCAUCACCAACGACGGCACCGACCCAGGGGUCGAUACCUUCCGCACGGUGACGCUGCCGCUGCUGCGCAAGGCGCUGGGGCUGGAGGAUGGGCUGGAGCUGCGGGUGGUGUCGCGGGGGGCGGCGCCGGGGGGCGGUGGCGAGGUGGUGCUGCGAGUGCCCAUGGUGAAGCAGCUGGGGCCGGUCAAGAUGGAGGACGAGGGCAUGGUCAAGCGGAUACGUGGUGUGGCCUACAGCAUGAAGGUCUCGCCGCAGGUGACUAACCGCAUGGUAGAUGGCGCCCGCGGAGUGCUCAACGCGCUGCUGGCGGACGUGUACGUGUUCACGGACGCAACCAGCGGACUCAGCAGCGGCAAGAGUCCGGGUUACGGUAUCACGCUGGUCGCUGAGACCACCUCGGGCUGCCUGGUCAGCGCGGAGGCCUGCUGUGCGGCCAGGAGGAGGGAGGGAGAUGCCGAGGGUGCUGCUGCUGGGGGGGCUCUAGACGACUCGGAGCAGCAGGGCGGGCGGCAGCAGGUGCCGGAGGACGUGGGGGUGACGGCGGCACACAUGCUGCUGGAGGAGAUCCGGCGAGGCGGUGUGGUGGACGGCUCGCACCAGGGGCUCAUGCUGCUGCUGUGUGCACUGGGGCCAGAGGAGGCCAAUUCGUUGCGUCUGGGUCCCCUCACCCCCCACGCCGUACGCACGCUACGACACAUUCGCGACUUUUUCGGUGUCACCUUCAGCCUGCGGCCCGAGCGCUCCUCCAGCACCCUGUUUGCCACGUGUGUGGGUGCGAACGUGCGCAACGUGAGCAGGAGGGUGACGUAAGAGGGGGGUGGCGGGUAAGGGGGAAACUGAGGAGGGCGGGGAGAAGGUGUGUGUUGUUUAUGCGGAACACUGACACGGACUGGCUGUGCGUUGCGCGUGACAUUGUGACAUUGACCUUGCGUGUGAAAGGAGGGGAGCGUGGGGACAGCAUGGGAAGAGGCUGGGACACAUAACACAUGCGAUGCGCGGAACUGUUAAUCUUUCGCUGCUUUAAGUGCUUCGUUGACGAGGUUUGUAGUCGGUGCUACUGACAGGCCUAGAAAGCAGGGUAGGGAGGAUUGCGUCGAGUCAUGGGGCGAGCGGCGUUUUAUUGCGGGUGGUAAAGAGGAAAGGACCAGCUAGCCGUAUCGAGAGGGGGUGUGUGUGAUGGGGCAUGCCACUCAUUUGGUUCGUUUGUGGUGCGACCAGGUGUAUGGGUGGUAGAGUCCCUUUCUCCCCCGUUUAUAAGAUCAUAACUCCUUCCAGAUGGCGGCCAGGAGGUUGGACAGGUGUCGACAGGUGUUGUUGUCACCGGACAAGAAAAGUGGAAAGAGGGUGGCUUAAUCUGGCUGGUAGCAGCGGCAGCUGCCGUUCCCUCGCUUAUCUGUGCAAGGAGUCCGAUUCCUUGCAGCAAAAGACUGCAUUGCGUUGGCUGUGCGCUACUUUCUUAUGAAACGAACGAAUGCUGUACCCGUAGUGGGCGGGUCGAGGAGUGAGGGACGACUGUACGGAAACUGUACGGAUGUCCCUUAGCUUUGGGAGGACUUGUUGGCGGGUGUGCUGGGGCAAGCAUCUGCUGCCAGGCGUAGCUACAUCUCCUGCCUAGAUCUUGGUGAUAAGGAUCUCGGAUUCCGAAUGCUGUACAUGUUAUUAGCAAGCGGUUGUAAGAAACAAGGUUG